ACACUAACGUCGACAUCUGCGGUGUUCCGCGAGGCCGAUGCGGUCGGGAAGUCUGCGACUGCGAAGGCUUCGCGCGUGUCUACACAGAGGCGCACGGCGGUGCCAGCGCCGUGGCUCAAAGCGGCUGGUGCUGCUACUGCGGCCAUCCGCCGGCCAAUCACAGUCGCUUCGACAGAAACAUGUUUGGCCGCCAAGAAAUCUUCUCGGUCAGCUGGCAUGGUGCCCGGCCACCACUGCUUGAUCUGCCCACACGUCGUGAGUUGAACAGAAUAUCGCAAGAAGCACAGCCCACGAUGCAUGAAGUCAUUGUGCUUGAACCUGAUGCGGAGAUGCACGAGACUGCCACUCCCGAUAAUGAAACGACUGAAGGGAUGACGCAGCCUGCUGAAAAGGGACAGUUGGAUCGGGAUGCGGGGCAGAAGAGAAAGCGCAGUGACGAGGAUGCUUCCUCUUCAGAAAUCGGGGAUCUCUUGCAGAAGGUUGAGUACCUGGAGAAAGAAACUAAGGAGCUGAAGAAGCGUCUGCUCGAGGAGCAAACACUUUCCAAAACACUCUCCACGUCACUUGAACUGGCCAGAACACUUCAGCAGUUGCAGCCUCAGCAAGAGGUGUGCAGCAAGGACAACGCCUGUGAGGAAACUCUCGAGGAAAGUCCAAGGAAAAGUGCCAGGAACUGCACAAGGAACAGACUACGGCGCAGCGCUGCAGACAGCUUGGUGCAGAUUGGUGAAGGUGUCACAGGUGAAGGAGGAGCAGUUGGAGGAGAUUUGGACAAUGGCGAACCUCACUGCGACCAAGUUCGUCCGCAAACUCUGCCAAGCCGUGUUCACCCCUGAAGAGCUGCAGGGCAAAUGCCUGAGGAAUAAGGGUUUCGGCGACAGCAGAAAAGUCCUGGAUCCAAUUCGUCUGGGAGCCAUAAUUGACUACACGUGUUCAAAGUUUAAGACCGACAGAAGCUCGUUGCGAGUUGCCAUCUCCUGCCUGUUGUACCAACUGAAAUAGGGAACCACUUUGCAAUCAUAUCACUGCAGCAGUGAACGAUGUUGGGCCAGUUACUGUUGCAUGACGAAAGGGAAAAACAGCGCUUAUACAACGAGGACAGGGAAGGAACGACACUCAG